AUGAAAACUUUACUGAAAUCACAGAUUCUCAGAUCGUUCUGGAUACUUCGACUGCAUCACCGAUGGUUCCACAGGCACAACAGGCUCCUUGGCUCUCCCAUUUUUGCUCAGUAUGAAGCUCAAAGCCAAGGAGAGCAGCAGCUACCGGAGUAUUUUAACUUUGCAAGUGACGUAUUGGAUAAAUGGUCACAGAUCGAGAAGGAUGGGAAAAGACCUUCCAACCCAGCACUAUGGUGGAUAAAUGGAAGAGGGGGUGAAGUAAGGUGGAGCUUUGAGGAGCUGGGAUUCCUGUCCAGGAAAGUGGCCAAUAUACUCUCCAACCAAUGUGGGCUAUGCAGAGGAGACAGAGUUUUGGUCAUCCUGCCCCGAAUCCCGGAAUGGUGGUUGGUGACCGUGGCUUGCAUAAGAACAGGAAUCGUCCUUAUCCCUGGAACAUCCCAGUUAACAGCAAAAGACAUUCAGUACAGACUUCAGGCAUCGAAGGCCAAGUGUAUCGUCACCACGGACGCUUUGGCCCCUGCAGUGGAUUCCAUUGCAGGCAGCUGCGACUUCCUGCAAACCAAACUGGUUGUAUCUGAAGGCAAAAGGGGUGGGUGGCUGAAUUUCAAUGAACUCUGCAAAGAGGCUCCCGAUAGCCAUGCUUGCGUGAGAACAAAGAUCCAUGAUCCAAUGGUCAUUUACUUCACCAGUGGGACGACAGGAGCUCCAAAGAUGGCUGAGCAUUCCCAAGGGAGUCUUGGCUUCCGGCCCAUCGCCAACAAAAGAUACUGGCUGGAGUUGACCCCUGCUGACAUUAUGUGGUCCACUGCAGAUACAGGAUGGGUAGUGGCUUCUCUGGGAUCUGUUUUUGAACCAUGGGUUUUGGGUACCUGCGUCUUCAUACAUAGCCUGCACCAAAUAGAAUCAACAAUUAUCCUGAAUACUCUGUCCCGGUUUCCCAUCACCGCCAUGAUGGGUGCUCCAACCUUGUUCCGCAUGUUGGCACAGAGCGAUCUCACCAGUUAUAAGUUCAUGAGUCUGCAGUACUGCUUAAGUGGAGGGGAACCUCUGAAUCCUGAAGUGAUGGAGCAGUGGAAGAACAUGACGGGACUCCACAUCUUCGAUCUCUAUGGACAGACAGAAACGGGUAUGAUUUGUGCAGUUAAAAAAGGGAUGAAAAUUAAACCCGGUUCAAUGGGAAAGGCAUGUGCACCAUAUCAAAUCGAGAUCAUAGAUGAAGAAGCAAAUGUUCUGCCACCUGGGAAAGAAGGAGAAAUAGGCAUCAGAGUGAAGCCCCAAAGACCCCUUGGUUUCUUCUCCCACUAUGUAGAUAACCCAGAGAAAACAGCUGCAACAGAACGAGGGGAUUUUUACGUGACUGGGGACAGAGGAAUGAUGGAUAAAGAUGGAUACGUUUGGUUUAUCGGGAGAGCUGACGAUAUCAUCAAUUCUGCAGGGUAUCGCAUUGGACCAUUUGAAAUAGAAAGUGCCCUUUUGGAACAUCCAGCAGUAGCAGAAGCCGCAGCCGUCAGCAGCCCAGACCCACUUAGAGGAGAGGUGGUGAAGGCAUUUGUGGUCCUGUCCGCAGCCUACACACUCCGAGACAAGGCAAAAUUAACACUCCAGUUGCAGGAGCACGUCAAGAAAGUUACUGCUCCAUACAAAUAUCCAAGGAAGAUGGAGUUUGUCCAGGAGCUGCCGAAGACAAUCACAGGGAAAAUCAGACGGAAUGAGUUGAGAAACAAAGAAUGGGGGCGAGUUUAACACAAUGGGAGAGAUUGCACCACUACCGAGUUUCCUUGAACACCAUGGACGUUAUUCAAGGCUUGUUGAUAUUGGAAUGACCCAACUCUUGGCUGGACUUGGAACAUCCGGAUUAGAGGCUGUAGGGAUGAUAAACAAUGUAAGGGCUGUACCAUUACUAUGCAGAGAUAUCCAUGGACUUUAAAUAUCCCUUGUUAAGUGCCACCCACUCUUCCACGCAGUGACAAGUCUGAGACAGCAACCCGAGAUUUAAGUGGAUGGGAGAGACCUCAGGAGAUUUCGAAAUACUCACUUUAUUUACAAAUUUUCAAGAAGAGCACAGUGGAAGCAAAUGGACAUCUACUUCAAGCAGUACAACUUUAAUGUACUGGGAUCUUUGGUUAA